UAACAAUCUUUGCAUUUUCAAUUGUUUGCUGCUUGUUUUCAGAGCUGAACUGAGUCUACAGCCUGUAACUGAAGGCGAGGAACAGUACGAGCACUCCGAGGGUUUCACUUACAAUGAGGUGAUUCAGCAGCCUGGAGAGCGUCUACAGAAAACCUGCUAUCUUCAUGGAGACAGCUCCCAGAUGCUGAAGAUCAACAUGGUUCCUCUUCCAGAUGCUGUGAUGUCACAUAGCACUGAGGAGGAGUUUGACAAGCCCAUUGUUUUGCACCUGUGGCCCACCGUUCUCCUCCGCAACCUUCUGCCGUACCCCAUCACCUUCAAGUUGAAGGGAAAUGGAGAUUUCCCUUCUACCUCACUAAAAGAGGGCCACUCCUCCCAGAUCCACACAGCCAUCAUGGAUUUCUCCACUCUGGAGUUGAGGCUGCUGGGAUACCUGCAGCAGGACUGGGAGUCCCAUUACAGUCUCUGCAGCGACCAUGACGAGAUCAAUUUCAUCAAAUUCCGCUCGCUGGGAUUGGACGAGGAGCCGGAGGCGAGGCCGGAGCUGGACAUUGCUGUCCAUGUUAAGAAGGAGGAGGGUCAAGCGGUGGUGGCCAUUCACUCCCCUUACUGGAUGGUGAAUAAGACAGGCAGACUGUUACAGUACAAGGCAGAUGAUAUUCAUCGCAAACACCCGAAGAAUUACGACAUGCCCCUCCUCUUCUCCUUCAAACCACGCAACUUUCUGCAGAACAACAAGAUUCGCUUGAUGGUUUCAGAAAGUGAAUUAUCAGACGAUUUCUCUAUCGACACCGUCGGGAGUUAUGGUGACGUCAAAUGCAAAGGCAGACACAAGGAUUACAUGGUGGGAGUAAAGAUCGAUGCAACCAGCUUCAGUUUGACACGGUUGGUGACGUUCCUGCCUUUCUACAUGCUGGUCAACAGAACCAAGCAUGUGCUUCAUGUCUGUGAGGAGGGUGUAGAGCUCUGGACAGAGAUGCGACCCGGACAGGCUGCUGUUCCAUUCUGGCCAGAAAAAGACUCAAAGAAACUCAGAGUCAAAGUGGAGGGCUGUCAAUCAUCGCCUCGGGCAUUUGACUUCCACCAACCAGAGAACUGCCUCUUGCUGCACCUGGACAGAACUUUGGGUGGGAUCAUCGUGGAUGUGAAUCUGACAGAACAUUCCGAUGUGAUCCGCUUCUCUGAUUACCAUGAUGGUGCCGCUCCAUUCCUCCUCAUCAACCACACAAAGGACGAGGUGCUACAGUUCCAUCAGAGCACCAAGAAGCGGAAAUGUUCUACUUGGGUUCAGAAUGAGAUACUGGAUAUCUCUUUAUCACUGGGGGAAGAGAUUGAGCCCCUCUGCUCUCAGGCAGAAUUCGAUAAGCUGGAUCCAGGUCAGGCGGUCUACUACACUUGGGCUGAACCCACCGGCUCAAGAAUCCUGAGCUGGAAAUGGGGCAAGUUCAAAGGAGAGCUGAAGAGUGAAGAGGACCAGUUGUUGGAUGUGAACGAGGAGGGAAAGCUUUUCGUCAUCUCAUUUUAUGAAGGCCUCCAACGUGUGGCACUUUUCACCACAGAGCGGCGUGUCUACAAGAAGAUUUGUGAGAACGAGAAAGUUGAGCUGGCUGAACAAGAAAUCAGCAUCUCGUUACAGAACAUGGGCAUUUCACUGGUCAACAACACCACCAGCCAGGAAGUGGCCUUCAUUGGCAUCACCAGUUCUGAUGUGGUGUGGGAAACAAAGCCUAAGAAGCGCAGCCGAUGGAAGGUUUUGAGUGGUAAAGAGGCUACAGUGUUGGAGCAGCGCUACAAAGAUUAUAUGGAGAGCGGUCCAGUGGACAGCACCAUCAUUGACCUAGAGAACGACUACCAGGUGUUGUUUGCUGCAAAUGGGGUGGACAUGAGGAUAAUGCAGCCCUUUGAUGCUCCUCUCAGGAGGAACUUCCUGCCAGCACUAAAAGUGGAGUACAGUGUCUCCACCCGUCAGAAAACCUACCGAGUCCAGAUCAACAGGAUUCAGAUCCAAAACCAGUUGCCUGGAGCCAUCUUCCCAUUUGUGUUCUACCCCGUCAAACCGCCCAAGUCGGUCAGCAUGGACUCAGAGCCGAAACCGCUCGCUGAUGUCAGCAUCAUCACCAGAGCAGCCGGACACUCAGACAUUCUGCGCAUCAAGUAUUUUAAAGUGUUGAUUCAGGAGAUGGACCUGCGGAUGGAUCUCGGGUUCCUCUAUGCCAUACUUGAGCUCCUCACUGCUGAACAUGCCAGUGCUGUCACAUCUGAACAAGAGGUGGAGUUGUUUGAAAAGGACAUUGAGUAUCUGAAGACUGAGUUGAAUCAUGUUUCAGCCACAGACACAUCCCCCAUCAGCCUGUACGAGUACUUCCACAUCUCUCCCAUAAAGCUCCACUUGAGUUUCUCUCUGAGCACCGGUGGUGAAGACGGGAAUAAGAAAGAGAGAGAGACAGAGAUCAUUCCCCUUCAGUCUCUCCACCUGCUGCUGAAGAGUAUCGGAGCGACUCUCACUGAUGCUCAGGAUGUCCUCUUCAAACUUGCCUUUUUUGAGCUGACGUACCAGUUCCGCACCACUCAGCAGCUGCAGUCAGAGGUCAUCCGCCAUUACUCCAAACAGGCUAUCAAACAGAUGUAUGUUCUGGUUUUGGGUUUAGACGUCCUUGGGAAUCCAUUCGGACUGAUCCGCGGUCUGUCUGAAGGCGUCGAGGCCUUCUUUUAUGAGCCUUAUCAGGGUGCCAUACAGGGACCAGAGGAGUUUGUGGAAGGGAUGGCACUCGGGGUGAAGGCUCUGGUUGGAGGGGCUGUGGGCGGUCUGGCAGGAGCGGCGUCUCGGAUCACGGGAGCAAUGGCUAAAGGUGUGGCCGCCAUGACGAUGGAUGAGGAGUACCAGCAGAAGAGACGCGAGGCCAUGAACAAGCAGCCCAGCGGACUGAGAGAAGGACUGACGCGAGGAGGGAAAGGACUGGUGUCUGGUUUUGUAAGCGGCAUCACUGGCAUUGUGACUAAACCAAUUAAAGGAGCUCAAAAGGAAGGAGCGGCGGGUUUCUUUAAGGGUGUGGGCAAAGGCUUGGUUGGAGCUCUGACUAGACCAACAGGGGGCAUCAUUGACAUGGCCAGCAGCACCUUUCAAGGCAUCAAAAGAGCCGCAGAGACGUCUCAGGAUGUGGAGAGUUUGCGUCCUCCUCGUUUCAUCCAUGAGGAUGGAGUCAUCCGGCCGUAUAAGGAGAGAGAGGGAAUCGGCAGCCAGAUGCUGCAGAGUAUUGAAAAUGGACGGUUUGCCAAGUACAGGUACUUUGCUCAUGCUAAGGUGAACGAAUCAGAUUUCCUGAUGAUCACUAAAAGAGGAAUAUUUUUCGUGACUAAGGGCACGUUUGGUCAGCUGACGUGUGAGUGGCAGUAUCUCUUUGAUGAGUUCACUAAAGCGCCCAUGAUCGUGGAGGGCAGGAGACUGCGGAUAGAAGCAAAGGAGCGAGUCAAGUCAGUGUUUCAUGCCAAAGAGUUUGGGAAGAUCAUCAAUUUCAAAACCCCAGAGCUAGCUAAGUGGGUUCUUGCCAAGCUUGAAGAUGCCAGGGAAAGUCUGCCGAAGUAACGACAGUUGAAGCUGCUGUGUGCCUUCUUUAUGCUGCUUUUGCAGUGUGCCAAUUUAAAUUAUACCCACAAUGCAACGGUCAUUCACUAACCACUAAAACCCACGCCGGAAAUGACUGUUAGACUGUGUGUUUGUGUGUUGAGUUUACAUUACACCUGUACCUCUCUGUCCUCACCCGCUGUCAGAGCUCAAUCUGUCCAAUCCCUUAUUUGCGUAAACACCAAGCUCAUUUACAUAUUAUGUCCUUUACGAUGUGCCUCGACACGCAGUUCAGCCACUCGAACCAUGUGCAAGUCUGACGUCUCUUAUCAAAAGUCACACUAAAGUGUAAAUUUUAUAAAUGUAUUAAUAAAGACCAAUACACUGUAUGUAUAUUAUAUUUGUCUUUACAUGUGGGUGUUUAAACAAAAAUGACCAGGAAUGUUUGAAAAUGGUAAUCUCUUACUGUAUGUACAGGAGAGCAGGGAUAUUUUUUAACGUGGCUUUGCAUGAAAUUCAGUGUCUAUUUAAUUGAUUCUCCAGCUCAACAGUAAAACCCGAUGGCUGUUUGACUGCUUGCGUUAUUGAACAAAUAUGCAACCUUUAAUAUUAGCUUUUGUCAAUUUACUUAAUGAAUGUCAAAUGAUUUGACAUUAAAGUCCACAUGAAAUCAAAAUCGAUGCUAUUUAUUGACCCUGAUGUCACCAAGGCCUUGUGGGCAACCUGUAAAUGAUGUAAACCAAUAGCUGUUUAGUGUCUGUUUUAGUCAUUCUUGCCAAUAGUUAAUGCGGUUUAUUAAUAUAAGAAAUGUUACAGCAAUAAAAGCAAAUGGUGUUAAGUUGAUGGGAUACAUCAAGUUUCCAGGUGGCUCUAAUAAAUCUGAUUUCUGGGACAAAAUGUGCAUCUUUUGCACAAGAAUCUGCAUACAUUCAACAUUUUUAUUAUAUAUAUAUUUUUCAUUUUAAUCGGAAGUGCAUGAGGUUAGGAAAGCAGAACUGUGAAUGCGAUAUCAUGUUGACUUUAAAGGCAAAGAAAUGCAUGACAUUUUCUUGUCAUUUUUAAUUGAUUAUGCACAUUUAAUAAAUGUAUUUUGAAAUUUUGUUUGAUUUAUUUUUUUUUUAUUUGAAUUGUAAUGAGUAACAACAUAUAGCUGUAUAUCCUUGUUUAAUAAAUAUUAUCAAAGCAGAUAAAGACAUUACAGUUUAAAGGCACUUAAGGCAUUCAUUACAUUACAGCUUUCAACCGCUAGUAAACAUACUGAGGUAAAAUAAAGUAUUAAACUAUGA